CCCCACACGGAAGGAUGAGGGGAGAACGUGACCGAGGUCAGCGCCUUCAUGCUGGUGGGCUUCCUCACGGCCCCAGCUGCCUCCCUCUUCGUGCUGGUGGAGAACCUGGCCGUCAUCCUCACCAUCUGGGGCAGCUCGUCCCUCCACAGGCCCAUUCACUACUUUCCGGGCAUCCUGUCAUCCCUGGAGAUCUGGUACGUGUCUGACACCAUCCCUAAGAUGCUGGACGGCUUCCUCAUGCAGCGGGGACGCAUCUCCUUCAUUGGCUGCAUGACUCAGCUCUACUUCUUCAACUCCCUGGUGUGUACCGGGUGUGUGAUCCUGGCCUCCAUGGCCUGCGACUGCUACCAAGCCAUCAUGACCAUGGGGCUGUGCGUCCAGCUGGUGGCCUUCACCUUCGUGAGUGGCUUCGCCAUCUCUGUGAUCAAGGUCUACUCUAUCUCCAGCACCACGUUCUGUGGCUCCAAUGUCCAGCACGUCUUCUGUGACAUCUCCCCCAUCCUCAAGCUGGCCCACACGGACUUCUCAACCGCCGAGCUGGUCGGCUUUGUCCUGGCCUUCAGCAUCCUGGUGUUCCCGCUCAUGGCCACCAUGCUUUCCUACGGACACAUCACCCUGGCCGUCCCGCGCGUCCCCUCGGCCACGGGCCGUCGGCGAGCCUUCUCCACCUGCGCCUCCUACCUCACUGUGGUCACCAUCUUCUACACGGCCUUGAUAUUCAUGUACGUCUGGCCCCAGGCCAUGGAUUCCCGGAGCUCCAACAAGCUCAUCUCUGCUGUUUACACUGUCCUCACCCCAGUCAUCAACCCCUUGAUCUACUGUCUGAGGAACAAAGAAUUCAAGGAUGCUCUGAAAAAGGCUCUGGACUUAGGUCAACUUUCACAGUAGCACAAUUAAAUGUCCUAUAGUCUAAUCUGUGGUGAUAAUAAAAACAACACCUUAUAGGACACUUUACUUUCUU